AUGAUUGUCUCGGCACCCAUGCUUCAUUCCUCGGAAGCACAAUGCCGGGACGAUGACUGGACUGGUCUUCGUGACCGAGCAGAAAGACGCAAGAGACAGAAUCGCCUCAAUGUCAGAGCCUACACUCACCUACGCGUUGCUGCGAAGCGCUUCGUGAUAUGUGCACAGGCACAGCGACCUACACGUCACCAUCAUAAUGGCAAGUCGAGUUCAGCAAAGCAUGUGCCGCCUUACUUCCGGAAUCCAACCACAUGGUUCCCUCUGUAUAAGGAACACCUCAUUCCGCUGGUCUUCUACAAUGUCUUCAGGGCAACGAUUACCAACAUUCACAUUCUCUCUCUCACUUCUUUGCUCACCAGUCCAUGUACACCAGACCUUCACACAACACCACUAUUUCCGACACCUUGUCAAGUGCCAGAGACUUUGAAGCCCACCCCCACGCAAAGCUCGACCCCCCACGAAUGUUGGAUUGACAUUUUCCCAUCGGGCGGCAUGCGCGAUAACGCUAUCAAGUUCCGUGAUCAGUUCAGCCAGCAUGAUCUUUGUGCUGACUUAGUGGGCUGCCAAGAAGGCGAUGCCUGUCUUAACCAGCCGGGUAUUAUUGCUUGGUCGGACCCUUGGCAUCCUGAUGGUUGGGAGGUCACGGAAAAGUUUGUCGAGAAAUGGAGCUUCCUGCUCAAGGGUUGUGAGGAUGUCAUGAGAGCGACCAACAAAUGGCGCGCAAUGAGGGACGAGGAGCCGCUUGUAUGGGAGCUGGAGUGAUUUGUCUCGUUGGUGGACUCCUCAUGGUCGCAGAUAUUGCACCGAGUCCGCACAUGAUACUUUGUUCUAUGAGCUCGUUGACCAUUAAUUGGUUUUGAUAAUCGAACAGAGAUUUGCGGAACAAACAGCAGCUUCGAUACCAUAUCUAUCCCUGGGCAUAUGAUGUAUGAUCAGUAGACAUAUCUGAACUGGGGAAUUUCCUUGUCCGUUUUAUCGAGCAGGUUCAAGGACACGUCAUUUCCAACGCCCGUGUCAAGCUCCUCUCUAACGCUGUCACGUCGCUUGUUUUCCCAAACCAGAUAGUAACGAAGGACGAAGCACAUUAAGACUCCAAGACUAUAGCAUAUCAACAUGGCCAAGAAACCGGAGCUGUAAGAUGGUGCUUCCCACUCGAAGAAUAAUUGUGGACCGAUAAUGUUACCAGCACAAUAGGCUAUGAAAAU